ACAAAGCUAGAGAAUCAUAUAAUAUAUAUAUAUAUAUGUAUGUAUGUUGAGAGAGAGAGAGAGAGAGAGAGUAGCUUAACCUGAAGAAAGAGAUGGCAAUGGCGAUUCGCAGGUUCUGUUCUUUCGUCAACAAGCCUCUUAGACCUCACUCUCAUGGCGGUUGUCUCUAUUACAUGUCGUCUUUGCCGAGUGAAGCAGUUCGCGACAGAGAGCAAUCUCGGAUCACCUGGAUCAAGCAGUUGAAUGCUCCUUUAGAAGAGAUAGAUCCCGAAAUAGCUGACAUUAUCGAGCUUGAGAAAGCUAGGCAAUGGAAGGGACUUGAACUUAUACCUUCUGAGAAUUUCACAUCAGCAUCGGUAAUGGAAGCAGUUGGAUCAGUAAUGACCAACAAAUACAGUGAAGGAUAUCCUGGUGCUAGAUACUAUGGAGGCAACGAGUACAUUGACAUGGCUGAGUCCCUAUGUCAAAAGCGAGCAUUAGAGGCAUUUGGGCUUGAUCCUGCAAAGUGGGGGGUCAAUGUGCAGUCACUAUCUGGUUCUCCUGCUAACUUUCAAGCUUACACUGCUUUAUUGAAACCUCAUGAGAGAAUUAUGGCUCUUGACCUGCCUCAUGGUGGACAUCUUUCACAUGGCUAUCAGACUGAUACCAAAAAAAUAUCUGCUGUCUCCAUUUUCUUUGAGACAAUGCCAUACAGAUUAGAUGAGAGCACUGGGUAUAUUGAUUAUGAGCAGAUGGAAAAAAGUGCUGCACUUUUCAGGCCAAAAUUAAUCGUUGCUGGUGCUAGUGCCUAUGCUAGGCUUUAUGACUAUGCUCGAAUUCGCAAGGUUUGUGAUAAGCAGAAAGCUGUUUUGUUAGCAGAUAUGGCCCAUAUAAGUGGGUUAGUUGCUGCUGGUGUUAUUCCAUCUCCUUUCGAGUAUGCAGAUAUUGUGACAACAACAACACAUAAAUCACUUCGUGGUCCUCGAGGAGCAAUGAUAUUCUUCAGGAAGGGUGUAAAGGAGAUCAAUAAACAAGGGCAAGAGGUUAUAUAUGACUAUGAAGACAAAAUAAACCAAGCGGUCUUUCCUGGUCUCCAAGGUGGACCACAUAAUCAUACAAUUUCUGGCUUGGCCGUAGCACUUAAACAGGCUAUGACUCCAGAAUACAAGGCCUACCAGGAACAGGUCCUCAGUAAUUGCUCAAAAUUUGCUGAGAGUUUGAUCAAUAGAGGCUACGACCUUGUUUCAGGCGGGACUGAUAAUCACUUAGUCUUAGUUAAUUUAAGAAACAAGAGCAUUGAUGGCUCAAGAGUUGAGAAGGUUCUGGAAUCAGUACAUAUUGCAGCAAAUAAGAAUACCGUUCCUGGGGAUGUGUCUGCAAUGGUACCUGGUGGUAUUCGAAUGGGAACUCCUGCUCUUACAUCUAGGGGAUUUGCUGAGGACGAUUUCGUCAAAGUUGCCGAGUUUUUCGAUUCUGCUGUAAAGUUGGCCUUAAAGAUCAAGUCUGAUGCUAAUGGUACAAAGUUGAAGGACUUUGUGUCAGCAAUGAAAUCAGAUGCUUAUACCAAUGAUAUUUCUAAGCUACGCAAUGAUGUUGAAGAAUAUGCCAAACAAUUCCCUACAAUUGGUUUUGAGAAAGAAACAAUGAGAUACAAGAAUUAAACCAAGUGGACCUUCCUUUAAAGCAGAAGUGUGGACAAUUUGGGCAGUUACCACCAUAUCUAGUUUUCUGGUUUUCGGAAAUCAGGUUUGCUAAUAAUCCCAAGUAUUUAUCCAUGGGUUCCUUUAUUAGGGAUAAGAAUUUUCUGGUGGAGGAAAAGGGGAAAAUGAAAUCUAUCUUUUAAAAUUUUCUGUAGCCAUGAUUUAUGAAAUCUGGUUUUGGAUGAUAAUAAUGUUUAUAUUUAUUUGCCUUGAUUUUCCUCAGACCAUAUAUUUGUUGUAUUGUCCUUAUAUGUAUGUUGCCUUCC